AUGUUGUCACCCAGAUCAUACCGGAAUGCCUAUUUAAUUGCGCACUCUACAGUAAGGUUUGCUUCCUCGAAGAUAGGCCCUCAGUUGCGCUCCAUUGGAGAGGUGGAACAGCUGUUUUCUCAACCAGACGAAAUAAAGACUGAUCCAACGAUACAGACUCCUAAGCAGUCAUUACCAUCGGAGGAAUUGGUCUUGAAGUUACUUAAGCUUUCAGGGUUGCCUUCUAAGUGUGCAAGUAUUCCUGUAAUACAGCAGAAUCUAUCAAAGCAGUUGGAUCUGAUAAAUAAAUUGCACACAUUUUCGCCGGAAAAUAGUCAAGAUGGCAUUAAAUUGGAUCCAAACCAUGCUAGAAUAAUGCCCCGGUCUACUCAUAAACUAACAUAUAAGGAACUGAUGGAGAAAAUUGAAUACCAAAAGCAGAAUAAGGACCCCGAACUUGGUGAGGUAGAAGAUGGUUCUUGGAACGCUACUGAGACAACCAGCAUAUCAAGGAAUGGAUAUUUCGUCUUUAGACAUGGGUUCAUCCACGAUGGAAACUGA